UUCUUUGAAAAAAAAAACAAAAGAAAUUCUAUUGCCCUCAACGGCCUACGCUUAAGCCUGAAGCAGAUCUGGAUCUUCUUUUGCUAGAUCACCACUCACAGCCGUCGAUCAUUAAGAGCCAGUUUUAGAGAAAAUCGAAGAUGGUGCUGGUUUCGGCCGUACGGGAUUACGUUAAUCGGAUGUUACAAGACAUCUCCGGCAUGAAAGUUCUUAUUCUUGAUUCGCAAACUGUUAGCAUUGUGAGUGUUGUUUAUUCACAAUCAGAGCUACUUCAGAAAGAGGUAUUUUUGGUAGAAUUGAUAGAUUCCAUUUCCAAGUCAGAAGAAUCUAUGUCGCAUCUCAAGGCAGUUUAUUUCCUACGGCCUACUUCAGAAAAUAUUCAGUAUAUGCGGCGUCAACUAUCUAAUCCUAGGUUUGGAGAGUAUCACUUGUUUUUUUCAAACAUGUUGAAGGAUACUCAGAUUCAUCUUUUAGCUGAUUCAGAUGAACAAGAAAUUGUCCAGCAAGUCCAGGAGUUUUAUGCUGACUUCAUUGCAGUCGAUCCUUACCACUUCACUUUAAACAUGCCCUCAAAUCACUAUUAUAUUCUCCCAGCAGUUUUGGACCCUUCUAAUUUGCAGAACUUCUGUGACCGAGCUGUUGAUGGUAUUGGUGCAGUUUUUUUGGCGUUAAAACGAAGGCCAAUUAUUAGAUAUUCGAGGACCUCUGAUAUUGCAAAAAGGGUUGCACAUGAAGCAGCAAAACUAAUGUACCAGCAAGAAAGUGGUCUUUUUGACUUCAGACGGAUGGAUAUAUCUCCGUUGUUGCUGAUAGUUGACAGAAGGGAUGAUCCUGUGACUCCAUUACUUAACCAAUGGACCUAUCAGGCAAUGGUUUAUGAAUUGAUAGGUAUUCAGGAUAACAAAGUUGAUUUGAGAAGCACUGGGAAACUCCCCAAAGAUCAACAGGAAGUAGUGCUUUCAUCGGAACAAGAUGCUUUCUUCAAAGCUAAUAUGUAUGAAAACUUUGGAGAUAUAGGAAUGAACAUCAAGCGAAUGGUGGAUGAUUUUCAGCAAGUUGCUAAAAGUAACCAAAAUAUACAGACAAUAGAAGAUAUGGCCAAAUUUGUAGACAAUUACCCCGAGUACAGAAAAAUGCAUGGGAAUGUCUCAAAGCAUGUCACAUUGGUAACAGAAAUGAGCAAAAUAGUUGAAGAGAGAAAGCUUAUGUUGGUUUCAGAAACUGAGCAGGAGUUGGCUUGCAAUGGGGGGCAAGUUGCUGCUUUUGAGGCAGUGACGAAUCUUUUAAACAAUGAAAACAUAUCUGAUAUUGACCGACUUCGCCUAGUAAUGUUGUAUGCUUUGCGUUAUGAGAAGGAAAGCCCUGUACAAUUGAUGCAGCUAUUUAACAAACUGCAAUCUCGAUCUGCCAAGUACAAGCCCGGGCUUGUCCAAUUUCUCCUAAAGCAAGCCGGGGUUGAUAAGCGUACUGGUGAUCUUUAUGGAAAUCGUGAUUUUCUAAAUAUUGCUCGCAACAUGGCUCGUGGACUAAAGGGGGUUGAGAAUGUUUACACCCAGCACCAGCCUCUUCUUGUCCAAACUAUGGAAAGCAUAAUCAAAGGACGGCUGAAAGACGUGGACUACCCGUAUGUUGGAAAUCAUUAUCAGCAGGGCAGGACACAGGAGGUAAUUAUAUUCAUUGUUGGCGGAACAACAUAUGAGGAGUUGCGUUCUAUUGCCCAGCUAAAUGCCAGCAAUUCUGGAAUUCGUUUUAUACUAGGUGGAACAGCGGUUCUCAACACUAAGAGGUUUCUGAAGGACUUGGAAGAAGCCCAGGUGAUAGCUCGAACGAACGCCAAUGUUGUUUAAGUCCCAUUAUCCAUUGAAAACGAGAAGCAUGUAAGUAAACACUCGUGGGUCUUCAUAAAAGGAUUCAGUUUAGAUGAUCGGCAGUUAUUCAAGGCGAGUCUCCAGAAAUCAGCUCAUUGUGUUUAACAUGAGACAGAUGGUUAAAAGUUCACCACAGAGUAAAAGUAAAAAAGGUAAUGUUGACUAACCCGUAUUCGUCCACAUGAAAUUCUGUAAUUGUGUUCAAUUUUUUUUUUGGUUUUAUAUUACCGUGUAUUCUCAUAUGAUCGUCUAAAUAGAAGCUAUAGUUGUUUUAAUA